AUGUUACUAUUGACUUCUAACAUACUGCAAAUAUGUAAUGUUGUAUGUCGACAUCCUGGAAUGGGCCACUCCCUCUCAAGAACAAUAAUUCCGACGAUUCAUUCUCAAUUUCGUCAUUAUUCUAACCGAUAUCCCAGAAACAAAUUAACAAGGUCCAGUAAAAAUAAACAACCAAAACCGCUCAACUUUGUAAUUCCAAAUUACAUUUCUGUUAGCAAACUAGCCAAUCUUCUGAAUUGCAGGAUUGAAACAUUAAUAAAAGACUUGACAAAAUUAGGGUUCGCCAAUAUUAGCCAUAAUUAUAUUCUUUCUAGGGAAUAUGUAGAACUCAUUCUGCAAGAAUAUAAUUAUGUGCUGCCAGCUUCCCAAGCAGCCAUUACCUCUAAGAAUAUAUAUGAUGGACUAAAGGCGCCAGCUAAUCCAAAAUUUCUCCAGAGGAGACCCCCAGUAGUUACGAUCAUGGGACAUGUCGAUCACGGUAAGACGACGAUAAUCGAUUAUUUAAGGAAAUCUUCCGUUGUUUCUGGAGAGCAUGGAGGAAUUACACAACAUAUUGGGGCGUUUCAGAUUGUCACUCCUGUUUCAAAGAAGAGUAUUACGUUUCUAGACACUCCUGGCCACGCUGCAUUUUUGAAGAUGAGAGAAAGGGGUGCCAACAUCACUGAUAUUAUUGUCCUAGUGGUCUCUAUUGAGGAUUCGGUGAUGCCGCAAACUUUGGAGGCAAUAAAACAUAUAAAAAAUUCCGGUAAUGAGCUGAUCGUGGCAAUUACAAAAAUAGAUACAAUUAAGAGACCUAAAGACCGUGAAAAGGCAAUUGAAAGAGUAACUAACGACUUGAUUUCUCAAGAUAUACCUGUAGAAAAAAUUGGAGGUGAUGUCCAAGUUAUUCCAAUCAGCGCAAAAACUGGAGAAAAUAUGGACUUAUUUGAAGAGUCCAUCAUCCUAUUGAGUGAUAUUAUGGAUGUCAGAGCAGAGAAUUCACUGAAGACUUUGGUUGAAGGCUGGGUUCUCGAAAGUCAAGUUAGGAAAACAGUUGGAAAUGUGGCAACUGUGCUAGUCAAAAGAGGCACUCUUCAGAAAGGGAAAAUUCUUCUAUGUGGUAAUACGUAUUGUAGAGUUAAAUUAAUGGUUGACGAUCUAGGAAAGGAUGUGAUAAAGGCAGAACCAGCGCAAGUUGUUGAAGUCCGAGGUUGGAAGGAUCUUGUCCGUGCUGGUGAUGAAGUUAUUCAAACCGUCUCUGAGUCAGUCGCUAAAAAGUACAUUAACAGGAGAAUAGCACUGCAAGCUGUUGAAAAGGACGCUGUUACGGUUGAAAACUUGAACGAACAAAGAAGGGAAGAGGCAGAACUUCAAAAGCAUAAGAAUGAAAUUGAAGAUGAGGAUAUAAAGAAAAGUUUUGUGCCCCAGGGACCUAAAGACGUGAAUUUUAUUGUUAAAUCAGAUGUGUCAGGUUCAGCAGAAGCCAUAGAAGAAUCUAUUGAACCGUUAGGAAAUGCAGAGGUCCGGUGCAAGGUCAUUUCAUCAUCUGUUGGAUUGCCUAACGAAAGUGAUUUCAAGAUGGCUCAAAUUACAGAUAGUAAAAUACUUUGUUUUAAUCUCGGCAACCUUCCUAGUGAAGUAAUUAAUAACCCUUAUCAUAUCGAGGUAAAGCAGUACAAUGUGAUUUAUAAACUAAUCGAAGAUGUUACUGACAUACUGACAGACAAUCUGAAGCCAAUUUUUGAAAAGAAAUUCACGGCCACUAUCGAUAUUCGGGAAGUUUUUGAAUUUACCAUGAAGAAGAAAUUAAUUAAAAUUGCAGGAUGCAAAGUUCGCAAUGGGGUUCUGAAUAAGAAUUCACUAAUACAGAUUAUAAGAGGUCCCGAAAAGAAAAUUAUCUUUGAAGGUAAAGUUGCUACUCUGAAACAUGAAAAGGAAGAUAUAAUGGAGGUGUCUAAGGGGCAUGAAUGUGGUGUCACUUUUGAGAAACAAUUUGAAGAUUAUAAAAAAGAUGAUGUCAUUCUUGUUUAUGAGAAUGUUAAGGUCCCUAGAUUCUUGUGA